AAGAUGGACUACGUCGAGCACCGCAUGAACGAUGAGGCCCUCAAACAAGCCACCAACACCACCGGCCUCCUCUCCCCCCUCAACAUCGCCCUCCUCGCCAUCCUCCUCUACACAGCCUACACAACCUUCCUCUCCAAGCCGUCCUACCCAACCCUCCCGCGGCCCCCUCCCCCCAUCGUGUUCAAGACGUACACCCCGCGCACGCUCCUCCCCUUCAACGGCGAGGACGGCAAGCCCGUCUUCCUCGCCGUCCGCGGCGCCGUCUUCGACGUUUCUCGGGGCCGCAACUUCUACGGCCCGGGCGGGCCCUACGAGAACUUCGCCGGCCGGGACGCCAGCCGCGGGCUCGCGUGCGGGAGCUUCGACGAGGACAUGCUGACCAAGGACCUGGACGGCCCGCUGGACGCGCUGGCCGACCUGGGCGAGGAGGAGAUGGAGGCGCUGAGGGGCUGGGAGGAGAGGUUCGGCGAGAAGUAUGAUGUGAUUGGAAGGUUGGUUAGUGUGAGGGAGUUUGAGGAGAUGAAUAAGAAGGAGUGA